ACAUGCAAGCUGAGCUCUGUGCAGAUGUGUUAGCUUAGCUCUAUUGUUUACAGGUCAUGAAAUUAGUCCUUUAAUAUCAGCAUAACAUGUCUGAAUCCAGUGGAGCGGUCCAGACAGAGGUAACCGAGGGGGCAGACGGAGAGUCCAAGGAAACUGUUUUGGAUGCUGGUGCAUCAGCAGAUGUUGAAGACACAGAGCUUGUUCCUGGAUCUUCUAGACCGAGUGAACGUGAAGAAGACAAAAACUUUGUUGCUGCUGAAAAAAUGGAAAGUAAAAAGUUAGAACAUAAACAAACUGAGGCUGAGGUUGUUCCUCGUCCUGUUUCUGUAUCUCCUCUAAAUCAGUCACCUUCACAUUCAUCCUCCUCUAAUGUGAUAGUAAAAGACAACGGAGUAGAGGAAACGUCUGCAGGACCAGAUGUGACCGAGGAUACAAAUAUGGACACGAGUCACAGCAGCAGGAAGGAGAAAGCACACGCUGAUGAAAAGAUGGACUCAGACACGGACACUAAGGAGAACAUUGUCACACAGGAGGAAGCAGAGUCCCUCAGCUGUAAUCUGGGGGUUUCUACAGCCGACGACCUCGAUGAGAUGAUGGACAUUGGCACAGUGGAUGAGGUGGAACAAGAAGCUCAGAUGAAAGAGGAGGAACAGAGUUAUUUGUCAGAUGGGGACAGAAGUUCACCUGAGAUUUCAAAUACAGUCUCGGUGGCAGAGGAGAGUAACUCUUUUGAGGAGGAGACUGAUGUGAAACCCACAGUGCUACCACCACCCUCUGAAGACGACCAGCUGGAGGGCGUGAAAGUGUCGUUUGACAUGAUGCGCUCCAGCUCAUCUCCAUCGUCCGAGGCCACAGCCAGUACAGUGUCAGUAGCAGAGGAGAGUAACUCUAUUGAGGAGGAAACUGAUGUGAAACCCAUUGUGUCUUUUGAUAUGAUGCAGUCAAGCUCAUCACCAUCGUCCAGAGCCACAGCAUGUAUAGGAAGAGAAGGCUCAUCACCAGCGACCACGGUGAACGGGAUGAAAGUAGCCAGGCAAUCAAGAUCAAGAUCGGACAAUGAAAGAUCGCAGGCAGCAGCCAGGUCGUCUCCUUCACCACCUUUGGUCAAAGUGAAGGAUGAGCCCAUUGAUGAGGACUAUGACCGAGCUCUCAUAUCCUCUACACCUACAAUGAAUGUGAAGGAUGAGCCCAAUACUGCGAAGGAGGACUUGAGGAUCGGAUCGGUCUUCUCUGUGACUCCUGCGGCUGAAACGCAGACGCUUCCUGUCGUCCACCCCACGUCUUUGCACAUGUGCUGUUCAAACUGUAAGAAGAGCCUGAUGAAAGGACAGACAGCUUUCCAGAGGAAGGGCUCCCCAGCUCUCUUCUGCUCCACCACCUGCCUCACCACAUCGCUCCCCACCGUCAAAGGUGUCAGUAAGAUCUGCUACAACUGUCAAAAGGUAAUACUUAGACCUCAGGACGUCAUCCUGGCUCCAGAUACUAAAGGAACUAUGAAGGAAUUCUGCAGCCAGAACUGCCUGACCUCCUUCAACUACAAGAAAAAUGCCACCUUAAAAAAAAUGGCCCCCACCCAAAAAUCACUUCAACCACAGUCACUCUGCAGCAUGUGCACCAGAUACUGCGUUAGUAAACAUGAGGUGAUCCUGAGCGGUGCUGUUCAUAAAAUCUGCAGCGAUGCCUGCUUUAACCGUUUCCGUACUGUAAACAACUUGUCCAUGGCUGGAUGUGCAAACUGUGGCUCCUUCUGCCACAGCAAACCACUGUUGCUGAAGAUGGAAGAAAGCAACAAAACUGUGUGCAAUACAGAGUGUCUGGCCAAAUACAAGGAGAAAACCAAGAUAUCUCACUCAUGUACAAUGUGUCGCACUUCCCGGCCGCUGCCAGAGAUGGUUGACAACAGAAACAAUGACGACUCGGUGAAUCUCUUCUGUAGCAGCAGCUGUGUGAUGGCGUUCAAGGUCCAGACUGUCAGUUCAUCAGGUGCUCGGUUGAAUUGUGAUAAUUGUGGAAAAAACACUGUACCAGCCUAUCACCUCGCCAUGUCAGAUACUUCCAUCAGAAACUUCUGCACUCUCCCCUGUGUUAUGGCAUUUCAGGAAAAGUUCAAGAAUUCCCAGAAACAGGUGAACGUUUUCACCAAGUUGCCAAUCGGAACCACCCAAAUCCAGUCCAUCUCCCCUAACCAGUCCCUGCAAGAAGCCUCCAAAGAACUAGCCGUACUGAAUUGCUCCCAGUGUGCUCUUAAUAUAACUUUUAAACCGGAACUCAUCCAGAUCAAGGACAAGAUGGUUUUCGUGUGUAGCGCAGACUGUUCUCAGGAGUUCAAGAAGGCCAACUAUGUGACAAGCCUGUGUGAAUACUGUAAGAUCGAAAAGAUCACCAAAGACACCAAGAAAAUUAACAACAAAGACUGCUAUUUCUGCAGCGAUGGUUGUAAGCUGCUAUAUAGGCAUGACCUGUCAAAAAGCUGGGGGAAACACUGUCACUCAUGCUCCUACUGCCACAGUGUCUCCAAGAAGCUGGUGACGGCGCAGUAUGGAGGCUCCACUGAGGAGUUCUGCUCUGAGGAGUGCAGGUCCAAGUACACCAUGCUGUUCUGCCAUGUUGCAAAGUGUGACACCUGUGGCCGCAAAGGGAAACUAAAACAGAGUCUUCCCAUGCUGGGAGAGGUGAAACACUUCUGUGACAUGACAUGUCUGCUUCAGUUCUGCUGUGAUAAGGUGACGACACAGGGAGAAGUCUUCAAAGGUUUAGAAGAGGCCACGCCCGUGAUUGCAAAUGUCGUCUCGCUUGCAAAAUCCCCGACAGUAAAACCCAGUACUCCCAACAGAACUGCCCAGCAAAGUACUGUCACCGAAUUUCAAUCAAAGAACUCUGGACAUGCCAGUAUUCAGACAGAUACAGUGAAGCCUCAUCCUCCUCCUGGCCCCAAAAUUCUGAAGAACAAGGCCCUGCUCUGUAGACCGUUGGUGCAGAACAAGGGGGUCUCCUGUAAAACACAGACCGUCGACGUCGAGGCACAGACAGAUGACGUCUUGCCUAAACUCUUGAUUGUGCCUGUUCCGGUGCCGGUUUACAUUCCUGUGCCUAUGAGCAUGUACAGUCAGUGUACCCCCAAACCUGUCGGCCUGCCGUUUCCGCUGCCUGUUCCGAUGUUCCUUCCUGUGACAAUGGACAGCGCUGAGCGCAUUGUGGAAACCAUCCAGGAGAUUAAAGAAAAGAUCCCAUCUGACCCUUUCGAGGCCGAGCUCAUCCUCAUGGCUGAGAUGGUGGCGGAACAAGAGGAGAAGAAUGACAAACGGGAGGAACCAAAAGAGAAAGUGGUGGCGAAAGAGACGGGCAGACAUGAAGCACUGGCUCCAGAUGACCAUGCCAGUAACUACAGUGACGACUUGGACACAGACGACUUGGACAGUUUCCUUAAAAACUGGGAGCAACCCUCCCCAGAUGCUGGUUUCAGGUCACCCAAUCGACUGUACGCCCAUGAAAAGCUCAACCCAAUCAUAGACAUUCCUGUGGGCAUGCCAAGUGAGCCUUUCUCAGAGCCCCCACCUCCAGCCCCGCCUCCCAUGGACAUCGAAAGUGACUUUACUGUUGAAACUCUGGAGAAAAUGGCCAGGCUGAGAGAGGAGUUCCAGCGAUCAUCGAGUUCUCCACCUGCCACUUCACCACAACAACAACGAAGACGACGGCAAGUUCACAGGAAAGCCCGAGAAAAGAAGGGUCGUAAGUCACAACGGUUGACAAAGGCAGCUGAAACGACAUCUCAGAAAGGCUCCUCAAACAAAACAGAGGCUCCAGAGGUCCCUAAACUGAAAAGUCAAUAUGGAGUUGAUUCUUGGAAGCGAUGGAUCCAGUGGAGACAAACUCAACCAAACCUGGAGAAGCCGCGCUUCGGUUCACGUCCCAUGGAGUUGAAGGAGGAUAUUCUUCGCUGCACAACAGCUGAGCUGAGCUAUGGCCUCUGUUGCUUCAUCACUGAAGUGAAACGACCCAACGGAGAGCCCUACUUCCCCGACGGCCUUUUCUACCUCUGUCUCGGCAUCCAACAGUACCUGUUUGAUAACGGUCGUAUGGAGAACAUAUUCAUGGAUCGCUUCUACAACAAAUUCUCCACCGAGUUCACCAAUAUGCUGAGAAAUUUCAAACCCUCAAUCACAGCCAGUGGUUAUGUCCAUUCCCGUGUUGAGGAGGAGUUUCUUUGGGACUGUAAACAGCUGGGGGCGUACUCACCCAUAGUUCUCCUCAACACCCUGCUCUUUUUCUGCUGCAAGUAUUUCGGCUUCACCUCUGUGGAGCAACAUCGCCAGCUGUCCUUUGCCCACGUCAUGCGCUGCACCAAAACCAACCAGAACAACACCAAGACCACCUUCCUGCGCUUCUACCCGCCCAUAUCCAUAAAUGAGGCGGAGUCAGAUCCAGAUGCUGUUCCAGUAAAGAGGCGUAAGGAGGAGGAGAGUAAAGAGGACAUCCUGGAGAUGAAGGAGAACACAGACAACCCACUCCGCUGUCCGGUCAGACUCUAUGAGUUUUACCUCUCCAAGUGCUCGGAGUCAGUCAAGCAGCGCACCAACCUGUUCUACCUUCACCCAGAGCGCUGCUGCAUUCCCAACAGCCCACUGUGGUUCUCGUCCUCCCCUCUGGAUGACAGCACCAUGGAGGCAAUGCUUAUCCGGAUCCUCACAGUUCGAGAGCUGCAUCUCAAGACAAAGAAAGAGGGAGGGAUGGAGCAGCAUACGCCCAAAGACCCUUCAUUUCUACCUGAAAAGGUGGAAGAUGAGGUUUCAGAGUGAUGAAGAGAGAUGAGAACAGAAGUGACCUUUUAAUUGGGGUAGCAGCUUGUGGUGUAAAUAUUUGUAGAACUUAUGUUCAUUUAAACACAACCUAAUAAACUGAAAUGGACAGAAUAAACCUCUCACAUGCAUAACUAAAAUGUGCUGAACGGUAAAGAAAGUCAGACUUCCUAAACCACAUGUUGAUCAGGAUUUAUAGAUCUUCAAACGCACAGUGUGUAGCUGAAACUUGAGUAAUGAGGUACAAGAUUCAGUUCAGCCUUCAGACUGUUUACUACUGCUCAACUGGGCAUGUGUCCUGUGUUUUGUUUCCUAAAUGGUUUCUUCUCAUGGACAAUGCUACUCUUAUUUCGUUCUGCUUUUGUAAGGCAUGUACCUUUCUUAGUAGGAGAAUGGUGGUCCUUGUUUGAAAGAGCUAGAAUGAAAAACAGUCUUGAUUUCUGUUGGUGUCAGCAGAGAAAACUUUGACCUCAGAAGCCAAACUGAACAUGACUUUCUGCUAUGUGGAUGUAAAUGACCAACCAUCGUGUUGAGUGGCAAACCUGCAGUAUAACUUGUUUUUUACACAAUUCAUCAGAAAAUGCCGUCAAUGAGAAAUAUGCUUACUAACAGAAAAAAUAUUUUUGCACAGAUAUACCCUGAGGGUUAUUGGAAAGUUGUUCUUGGAAAUUUAGGAAAUUACAAACUGAAUUUCAACACAAAAACGAACAUUUCAGCAGCUCGUUGAAACUCACAAAUUUGUUUAUACCAAAGUGUGAUAUGAGGGUGGAGCGCUCCUUUUUAAUUACAUGUUUUAAUUGACGUUUCAGGGGCCUAUCCAACUUGCUGUGGCAAAAUGAGUAGCAGAUCAAUCCACACAAUAAACUGCUUAUUCGCAUUUGUGUUUCAUAUUUAUUGGAUAAGCUUUUAGAGGUCUACUCACUUGAUUGUGAGAUUAAACUGUCUUUUGUUUUUAAUGAAAGACUCAGGCUGUGCUUUCUAGAUUUCCUCCUCAAUGGACAUAUUUUGAUCAUCGGUGUCCAAUUAAUGGGAUGAAGAAUGUUUGUUUGAAUGUAGCCAAGAUCGCUGAAAACAGAAUUUUAUCCCUUUUUCUUGACUGAACAUACUGAAAUAAAGUCUAAUACUGAGUGUUUUGGACAUUUUGGACGUGUGUCAUCCAAAGCAUCAGACUCUGACCUUUUGCAUAUCACACCUGGUGUUUUAGUGUAUAAAACAAAAUACUAUCCCUUCACGUAUACCUUGGUUAUGUUAACCCCAGUCUUUAGGGUAUCCACCUAUACGGUUCUCUUGAGUAUUUUCUAUAUUGUAUGUUCUUUUUUGAA